AUGAACCACUCAUUUCUAAUUCAUGUGUCAAAGACCAUUCCUCGCUCCAAAGUGAAUCAAGCGAUUUGGUCACAGCUACAAUCACCAGCAGCACCUAAACCUCUGAAUUUACGUUCGUUUUCAACUAGCCGCAGCCAAGGCAACGUGUCCAUCUGGGGUGGGGAAAAUGUCAUUCGAGCUGCCAGAAAGAACCACCAAUCAUUAUGCAUUGGACUCGAGCCUAUUCGCAAUGCAGCAGUAUUGCGUCGUGCUGCUUCGUCUUAUUCAACUGUCGAGAUGAAGGAUCGUGAUCCCAAAGACAAUCCCUCUGAUCAAGCACCUCCACCAGCCAACAAUGGUGGCAAUACAGCCGGCAAUGGCGAUGGCCAUGAAGGCGGCAACGGUAGUAAUAGCAAUGGAAAUGGAGAUGGCAAAUCAAACAAGAACCAUUCAUGGGAUGUAGUGGACAAUCAGCUUCAAAAGCCAACUGUGCCCGAGGUGUAUCCCCAAGUGUUGGCACUCCCUAUCGCUGGUCGACCUUUAUUUCCCGGAUUUUACAAGGCAGUUGUCAUCAAAGAGCCAACUGUUACUGCAGCAAUCAAAGAGCUUAUGAAGCGCGGUCAACCUUACGUGGGUGCUUUUCUCUUAAAAGACGAAGGAUUGGACGUAGACACAAUUACCAACAUUGACCAAGUGCACAAAGUGGGCGUGUUUGCUCAGAUCACAAGCGUGUUUCCUGCGACAUCUGGAAAAGAGGAAACGGGAUUGACGGCAGUGCUGUAUCCUCAUCGACGUAUCAAGAUCAACGAACUGCUCCCCAUCAAGGAGAAACACAGCGUGGCUGCUGUGGAAGAAGUGACAUCCAACAAGCCUGCAGUUGCUGACGAGGGCGACAAGGCGGUUGAAAAGGUAUCAAAGAAGGCCAAAUCUGAAUUUGAGCCCGAGAAAGCUGUCGUGCAAAAGUCAGAUGAAUUCUUGUCAGAUGAAGCUGCUGCUGCAGAGGCCAAUAAGACCGACUCACAGUAUGCCACCUCAUUUUUGGCUGAUGAUUAUGCUGUAUCACUUGUCAAUGUCGAGAACUUUGUAGAACCUGAAUUUUCCAAAAAGAGCCCUUACAUUCGCGCAGUAACAUCUGAAAUCGUCUCUGUAUUCAAGGAAAUUGCAUCGUUGAAUCCUCUCUUCAGAGACCAAAUCGCCAGCUUUUCCAUGUCACAGUCUGCUGGUAACGUCUUUGAUGAGCCCUCCAAGUUGGCUGAUUUCGCUGCUGCCGUGUCUGCUGGUGAAGCAUUGGAGCUUCAAGAAGUAUUGGAAACAUUGCCUGUUGAGGAAAGACUUCAAAAGUCGCUUGUCGUCCUCAAGAAGGAGCUCAUGAAUGCUCAGCUACAAAACAAGAUCUCCAAGGAUGUCGAGAGCAAAAUUGCCAAGCGUCAGCGUGAGUAUUACUUGAUGGAGCAAUUGAAGGGUAUCAAAAAGGAGCUUGGAUUGGAAAGCGAUGGCAAAGACAAGUUGGUGGAGGGAUUCAAGGAGAAGGCCACCAAGCUCGCUAUGCCAGCUACUGUCAAGAAGGUGUUUGACGAAGAGAUUAACAAGCUUGCUCAUCUUGAACCGGCUGCCUCCGAGUUCAAUGUCACUCGCAACUAUCUGGAUUGGAUCACACAAAUCCCUUGGGGUCAACGCUCGCGUGAAAACUACAACAUUAAGCAUGCCACCACUGUCUUGGAUGAAGAUCACUAUGGCUUGAAGGACGUCAAGGAUAGAAUUUUGGAGUUCAUUGCUGUUGGUAAAUUAAGAGGCACCGUCGAGGGUAAGAUUCUCUGUCUCUCUGGGCCUCCUGGUGUUGGUAAAACCUCCAUUGGUAAGAGUAUUGCCAGAGCAUUGGAUCGUGAAUUCUUCCGUUUCUCUGUGGGUGGUUUGACGGACGUUGCUGAAAUCAAGGGUCAUCGUCGUACCUAUGUUGGUGCCAUGCCUGGUAAAGUGAUUCAGGCUUUGAAGAAGGUGCAAACUGAAAAUCCCUUGAUCUUGAUUGAUGAAAUUGAUAAGCUGGGUCGUGGCCACCAAGGCGACCCAUCCUCUGCACUUUUGGAGCUGCUGGAUCCUGAACAAAACAGCAGUUUCUUGGAUCACUACAUGGAUGUCCCCGUCGAUUUAUCCAAAGUGCUCUUUGUCUGUACCGCCAAUGUGUUGGAUACCAUUCCCGGCCCACUUUUGGAUCGUAUGGAAGUCAUUCAACUUUCUGGCUACAUUGCUGAAGAAAAGGCUGCCAUUGCAGAAAAGUACCUUGCUCCUGCUGCCAAAACCGCUGCAGGCCUUGAAGAUGUCAAUGUUAAUUUGACUCCUGAAGCCAUUGAUGCUUUGAUCAAGAACUAUUGUCGCGAAAGCGGUGUUCGUAACUUGAAGAAGCACAUUGACAAGGUCUUCCGCAAGGCUGCUUUCAAGGUGGUUCAAGAGUUUGGUGAAGAUGAAAAGAAGCCAGUCGAGGAAACCAAGGUUGAGGAAACGAAGCAAGAUGACGCUAGCACUGAAACCAAGCCUAAAGAGGAGAAGCAAGACAGAAAGCCUCUUGUUGUUUCCAAAGAUGUUUCCAUUGACAUUAAUAAUGAAAACUUGAAGGAUUAUGUUGGCCCUCAAGUCUAUCAAGCUGAACGCCUUUAUGAAAAAACUCCUCCUGGCGUUGUCAUGGGCUUAGCUUGGACUAGCAUGGGUGGCACUUCUCUUUACAUUGAGUCUGUUUUAGAGUCUUCACUCAGCCCCAAAUCCACCCCUCAUCUCUCAAAGACUGGCCAGCUCGGCGAUGUCAUGAAGGAAUCUACAAGCAUUGCUUAUACAUACGCAAAGUCUCUGAUGGCUACACAUUUCCCCAAGAACAAGUUCUUUGACAAGGCCAAGGUUCAUUUGCACUGUCCCGCUGGCGCUGUUCCCAAGGAUGGUCCUUCUGCCGGUGUCACAAUGACCACUGCAUUAAUGUCAUUAGCUCUCAACAGACCUGUCAGUUCCAACAUUGCCAUGACAGGUGAAUUGACUGUUACUGGUAAAGUAUUGAAGAUUGGCGGUUUGAAGGAAAAGACAAUUGCUGCCAAGCGUUCCAAGGUGAACACCAUCUUGUUCCCUAAGGAUAACCAAGCUGAUUGGGAUGAGUUACCCGACUACAUCAAGGAGGGCUUGACCGGUGUGCCUUGCGACACGUACAAGGAUGUCUAUGAUGUUGUCUUUGGCGAUAUCCAAAAAGAAGAAGUCGAGAAUGUUUGGAGUGAUGUUUUGAAGGAAGAAGAGGAAAAGAAGGAGACCACUACUGCUUAA